AUGGCUACUUCUCUACUGUCAAAGAGUCUAACUCCAAUAUUCUUAAGUUCUCCUUCCUCCUUGCCUAAUUCCAACCACCUUACUACAAAACUCUUGUUUCUGAAUCCACUAGAGCACUCACCUAGUGCAAAAAGAUCAAUUGUUCUGCUACAAGCGAAGAACAAAAACCCGUGGUUAGAUCUAUUUUAUGACGGAGAGGAUGAACCAGAUACGGAAUACGGGUCAAUGUUUAGUGAUGGGAAGCAAGAUGAGGACUCGUAUCCACGGGAUAAUCCCGAAAACCCAUACGGGUUCCUCAAGUUCCCACAGGGAUAUGCAGUUGAGGUUGCAUCAUUGGGAUCAAAGGUGAGAGGAGAUGUCAGGAGAUGUUGCUGUGUAGUUUCUGGUGGUGUUUAUGAUAACUUGCUUUUCUUCCCAGCAAUUCAGUUGAUCAAGGAUAGGUAUCCUGGUGUUCAGAUUGAUAUAAUUACAUCAGCUAGGGGUAAACAGACUUAUGAAAUGAAUAAAAAUGUGAGGUGGGCAACUGUUUAUGAUCUUGAUGAUAACUUUCCUGAUCCUGAGUACACUGACAUGCUUGGACUUCUUAAGAAUAGAUAUUAUGACAUGGUACUGUCUACAAAACUAGCAGGAUUAGGGCAUGCAUCAAUUUUGUUCAUGACAACAACCAGAGAUGGAGUUAGCUAUGUUUAUCCCAAUGUAAAUGCAGCAGGAGCUGGACUCCUUCUGUCUGAAACAUUUACACCAGACAGUAUGAACCUUUCAGAAGGAGGAUAUAACAUGUACCAUCAGAUGAUUGAAUGGUUAGGACGGCCAGUUAAGGACAUACCACAACAUCUAGCUUCCCCCUUAAAGGUUUCAAUUUCAAGGAAGCUGAAAGAAGCUGUGGAAGCUAAAUAUAAAGAAGCAGGAGCAGAAAAGGGAAAAUAUGUAGUUUUUUGGCAGCAAUUUUUACUAGCCCAGACAAUGUAA